ACAACGGAUGUAAACAAUUUUCAGUUGCGCGGAAAUCAACUUUUAAUUAAGAUUUUAAUCAUGUUUUCUCAAUUUCAUGAAUUUGAGUGAAUUACUCAUUUAUUGACUCUGAAAUUAACUAACUAGACUGUCUAGAAUCUAGAGUAGAUUAUACUAAUUUUUUUAAUUAACUUGAAUCUUCUGGAUCAAAAUCUGUUUAACUGAUCAUAUUAAAAAUGUCGGAAACUCAUGGAAGAAAAGCUAAAAGUGGUAUUCCUCUUUUAAAAAAGAUUCCUGGAAAUGUACUACUUGAACCAACAUUGACGUCUCAGUCUACUGGCACUACUGCAAGUAGUACUAGUACUACUGCAGCUAGUAGACCUACUAGUACUAGAGAUUUGAACUCAAGAGAAGAGUCAGCCGAGAUCAUUUCAUUGGACGCAGACUCUGCUCAAACGCAGACUUACGUUCAACCAACUAAGUCAAAAACACAAGCUGAGAAAAAAGCUAAUACCAGAACAUUAAUGACAAAAACAAAUAAAAAUGUCAAAAACAGUAACAGCAAUGAAAUCUGGCAGGAUGAAAGAACUGAAACAGUUAGUCGUAAUCUUCAAGCUAUCACAAAUACUGAAUAUGAAAGAAGACGCCAAGAAAUGGCAUUGAAUAUUAAAUUGUUAGAGGAUGAGCUGGCAAAGAUGAAUGGAUUGCUGGAGAAAAGGAAAAAAGUGAUGGAUGAGGCCCAGGAAGAAGCCAGAAAACAGCUAGAGUCAAUGGAAAAAACAAUCGUGGAUCAACAAAGUUUACUAAUCAAACAUGGUGUUGAUCCAGUAACAGGAGAACAAGUAGUACUGACAGGAAGUGAUGGCCAGGGCAAAUCUGGGAACAUAUUCACAAAGAAAAAAGUUCAGGAAAUUAGAGAAAAAUUAAGAGACAUGAAUGAAACUACACGAGUUUAUCUUGAGGAAAUUGAGCAAACUUUGUCUGACAUUGACAACCUUGAAAAGGCUAGUGAAAGAGCUAGGCCGACUUCUCCUGAAACUCUGAAGAUGCUCCAAGAGUUGGCUGACAGUGACGAGUUCCGGCAGCUAGAGGAAAACUCACAAGUGAAUUCACAGGCUCCUGAAGUGGACUUAAAUACUGGCAGCCUGGAGGAUUACACUAAAGAGAAAUUUGGACCUCAUGUUUUCUUGACUAAUAGUGACAGAGAGGAUGACAAUGAAAAUAAUUUUGCAAGUUCAGACAUUGAGAUAGUUUGAGUUGAAUUGUUCAACAUGUACAUUGUCAGUUGUGUGUCUAUUUCUUAACAUAUAUUUUCCCUCAAAAAUUCAUUUACAUAAAUACUAUUUAUACUUACCUUAAUUGUGUAGUGUAUCUGUCCAUCCGUCCGUCAUGCUUUUAUUUUAUAAAAUAGAAAAGAGAUAGAAAAUAUGAUUUCAUGAUAUUUUUAAGAUUACAAAGUUCUGGUGCAACAGCUACUUUUUAUCUUCUGAAAGCAAAUCGUCUAAUUUUUUAACUCUUUGGCUCCGCAACAACGCACAGGACGUUGAUUUUAAAAAAGGGGAAAAAAGUCGGACCAACACUGCGGGCAUCUGCUAUUUAAAAUUUAUUUUUUCAUUUCUAUUUCUCCAAUUCAUGUUUUUUAUUGCUUAAUUUUUUAUCUAGAAUAGUUUCCCUUUGCUAAACAUCCGGAAUUUCCUUCAUUUAACGUGUUUUUAUUUUGUACGAAGUUUGUAAAGAGAUGACAUUUAUUUUUUCUGUGUGCGUGUUUUUUUUAACAUGGAGCUUCAACCAAGGCCAUAUAAACUUUGUAGAUCUAAAUAUUUCUUUGAUAAAGAAGUAAAAUAAUUCAGAUGACUGUGAUUUUGUUUCAUCUGAUGGUGAUAUUGAUAAAUCUAAUUAUAUAGUCUAGAUCUAGUAAAUUAAUUUAUAGAUUAGAUCUAGAAUCUAGGGCUAGGUCUAGUAAUGAUGAAGUUUAUCAGCUGAUGAAGCAGCUCCACCCCCAGCUAAUGUUCAAUGUUGAUCUAGAACUAGUUUAGCUGUCUCUACAUCAUCUAGAUCUAAAUCUAAUCAGAUAGAGGUAGAUCUCUAGAUCUAUCAUCUAGGCACUGAACAGAUCAAUUUCAGAUUUGUUGCAUCAAGAAAUUGGGUUGUCAACCUAGACUUAGUCAGCCAUCCAUCUAUUGAGCUGGAAUGGGUUUUUUUCAUUGAUAUCUUUUUUGACUGACCACCCAAUACUGUUGCGUGCGUAUGCCCAAGGAAAAAACAAUGCAUGAUGUUUAACACAAACAACUAUACACACUACACAAGGACUACAUGUGUAGGCUCACUAGGUAUAUCUGACCAGGUUGUUGGUCUGAAAUUCAUGAACACAUACAUCCAACCGCUAUACAAGGCAGAUUGCACUUUACUUAUGAGAGAUUUAUAUUAGUAACUAGUUAAAUAUAUACUUACAUAUUUUACAUUGACCCUCCCACACACAUCCUUUACAGUUGGUGGCAUCUUAAUUUGUGAUAGGCCUAUCUGUUUAUAAAUACUGUUAAGCUUGAAUAAAUCAAUCAGUAACAGAGUUUAAAACAAUAAGAAAUAUAAAAGGAAAAAAAUUAAAACCAACCAAUAUAGGUAUGUUAUUUAACAUAAAAGUGUUCAGCAACACAAGUUUUUUACAAGACACUUAGGUAUCCGGCUCCGGCCAAAUAUCAAAUUUUACUAUCCAGUCAUAUCUGGCUCCGGCAGAAUAUCAAAAAGUACUAUCCGGUGCACCCCUAGUUAAUAGUUAAAAAAAAAGGGAAGACUAUAUUAGAAAAGGGGGUGAUUAUUUUGUAUAUUUAUACAAUAUUUAUGCAGAUGAUUUUUGUAUUUCGCCAAAAUAAAGUUAUAAAAAAAAAUUGUUACCGGUACUUAAUGUGUUUUCAGUUUGUUUGAUCUAGUAAUCAUUUACUAUUAUUAUUUUGUUUUAAAAAAGAAAGGACGCUUUUUGUAUUCACAUAAUUGUACGCAUUUUAAAACAAGAUUUAAUAACCAGUGUUUAGUCCUAUUUUAUUACUAGCUUAUUUAUCAUGGAUGAGGCCAUGAGUCUUUUAGACACUUCAACAAAAGAAAGAACUUGAAUUAAAGAUUGGCCAUUCACCAACCUCUUAAUCUGUUAAUCAUGAUGAUCAUUCAAUCAUGCUUGGCUGGGCUCACACUAAACCAUAUCCUCAUAACAAUCAGUUCAUUGUAUACUUAUGGAUAUGAACAAUGUAAGCAAUACUAAAUAUAGACCGUAAUACCAAUACACCACGUCUGCAACACUUUCACCCUCACAUCUUUUUUUUUGUAUGGAGGGAGGGGGGAUUGUAGCUUCAUAACUUUGGAUAUUCAUGCUGAAAAUAUUGAAUCCUGCCUUUUUUUUACUUACGUUGCUUACCAAACAGAUGAUGGACCUUUCAAGGGCCACAUCUGAGUUUGUGUGAAACAGAACCUCUUUUUGUAAUAUUGGUUCUCAUGACUUCAAUAAAGAUCUAUUGUAUAAUAAAUUCUGGAGCUAUUUUUUUUUUUUUUAUAAAUAGAUUGAAUUUGGGUCUAUUUAAGAGACCAUACAUUUUUCUUACAUUAUUUUAUUUUACUUUUCUAAAUAUUUUGUCUUAAAAUGAUCUAAAGAUUAAUUUAUUGAAAAAAUCUGGCUUCUUUUAAUAAAAAAGUUCAAUCCUGUUUAUUCAUUACCUGGUGCAUCAAAAGAAUCAAAUAACAAUUCUUAAUAAUAUAUACAUAUAAAGUACAGUAAAUUGCUUCAUUUAUUACAGGGAGGGUAGGGGUGGAAGGGACGCUCAUUAAUGCUUCUACUGAUUCUUUAGAAACAACGUAUAAAGUUUUUGCUAUUUUUAUUUUUGUUGCUAGUGUUACAGUAAUCUAAGCAAUGUAGAUUUUUUUUUUUGUGGUCAUUUCUCAUCUCCACAAACCAAUGUUCACACUGUUCAUUUCUAGCUCUUUUAACUCAUCAGUUUUUUUGAUGUUUUUCAAAGCACAUUUCUAAUAUCCUUUUGUUUUUUUUUUGGUUUUGGACUUCUCAGCAGGUUACAUUGUUGGAUAUAUAUUAAAUUUGGAAAAGUCAAUUUCUUUCUAACUACUAGAGCACUUUAUUACUAUACUUUCCAAGAUUUUGAUCCCCUUCACACUUCAUGUGCAUGCCAACUUUCAAUGACUCCUGUUUCAUUUCUUUUUACAGUCUUAUGUGUAAUUGAUGCACACAUUUCUUUUUUAAAGAUAUUUCUCAUAAAAUGUUGCAAUUACUUUUUAUGCAGACACUCACCACUAUUUAUAACACCAGUGUGUAAAGUGUGGUUGGGUUACUGGUGGCUAUCAUUUAUACUUUAUACUCUUAGGGCACUUCAGGUGAUUUUUAUUUGACCAGCUUCCUCCAUUUCUAUUUCUAAACUUCUUGAGUGUUUCAUCAAGUGUAAGACCCAUGUAUUUAUUUGUUUUCUUUUUGCAUCAUUUCUUUUGCCUCUCUCUUUUUCAGAUCCUCUGACUCUCUUUUAAAAAUGUUCAUUAAAUAAAGGAAACAAAUAAAUGGUACAUUGGUUGGUGCAUUCCAUAAUUGCAUGGAGGAAAACAACUUUUUUUGUUAAUACUUUUUUUUUUCUGUCUUAAUCUUUUGGAUUCUUGCUUGUCUCAUAUGUUCCUUGACUUUUGAGGUAGGGUGCUGUGACAGUUUUACCAGUAAGUAGCUCUACUUAAGAAUAAGACUAAGACUGCUUUAUUAAUCCUUAUGAAAUUUGUUGUGAUUAUUAGGACUCUUCUCUCAAAAAGAAUAUCAAGAGAGACACCAGUCCAUUCUUUUAUAUGGCCCAUUUACAAGUCAAACACUUUAACAAUUGGUCAACCUGAAUUUAAAAAGAAAACACAAAAAAAAACAACCCACUAAUUGUGAACUAGAUUUUGUAAUGCUGUAUAUUGAUUAUUAAAAAAAAAAUAUAUAUAUAUAGAAAAUAAUCUUAGAAGUUCAGUGCUCCCCCUUCCUCUCCCCCAUUAAUUCCUACAGCUGCCUGGUAGAUUAAAGUGUAGACAGUAUUGGUAGUCUUACUGUUAGGUUAUAGCUUAGUUAAGUAACUUUUUAUUAUCUGUGACUAGUUGUAAUAAUAUUGUGAUGUUAGCAGUAAGAGUUAUACAAUGUAUAAUGUUCAUAGCACACAAUAGAACCUAAAUGUAAAUAAUAUAAUAAUGUAUACAAACCUAAUGCUCUUAUUUAUGCACUAUAAUGUUUUUGUUUUACUGUAUAAUUAUGAUUUAAUUAUAAUGUUGUGUAAAGAACUGGGGUGUUUUUGUUUUGACAACUAUGAAAUGUAUAUUUUUAAAUGUUCACUAAAUGUUAUUUUAAAGGGGAGGAGCAGCAAAAAAAAUGUGUUUAAUUUUUAAAAAUUAAUUUUUAAUUUAUGAUUAAUUAUGACAAACUAAUAUAGGUCAUAAUUUCCAUUAUCAGUAGAUUACUUUCACUGAAAAAAAAUGCAUUUCAAAAUGGACCUACCAAGAUUGAUUAACAUGCAUGACUAGAUUGACACUGGAUAUGCAUAGGACAUAAUUAUCUUCUCUCUUUUAAGGAACAUCUAAUUUUUAAAAUAGAUGUUUUGAAUAUCUCAUGUUUAAAGAUUGAGAAAUUAUAUGCAUUGAUUAACUGGCUGUAUUUCAGCUUUAUCUAUUUAUAUUUCUACUUGACUACUGUGGACUUGUAAAAACAGUUUCCUGGAUGUAAAUAAAUGAAUGACUUAUAAUGUCCUUAAAGAUUUUAAUUGUAUAACAGAUUCUCCCCAUUCCCUUUAUUAUGCAAAAGUUUUUGCACUAACCUAUAUCAAUUUUUGCUUUAGAGCUUUCAAAAAUUCUUUCAGAAAUAUUCAAGCUUUGUUCAAAAGUUGAAGCUUACCCGAUACUUUGAAAGAAACAGCUCAAUUAAGCAGAGCACUUUGCUUAUUGACACUUUGACUAUUAAGGCUUAUAAAAAAAAACAAAGAAAAUGUAAUCAAUAGAAUUCUAUUCUAUUCUAUUCUAUUCUAUUACAACUUGAGAACUACAGGGAAUGACUGACAAGCUAAAGUGCUUACCAUUUUUAUUUUGACUUUUUUUUGGUGUUAGCUGGAGCUAUCCAUUCAAUACCUAAAUUUUACUUGGGAAGAAAGAGCACAAUUAAGUUCACUUAUAAAAAAUUAAAAGUACACAGAAAGCAUGAUCUUCAUCAGGAUUCUAUUAACUACCGUCUUUCAUGGUUGAAAUAAAAAUAAUUAGAGUAGAUAAUAAUUAAAUAAUUAAUAAAUAAUUAAAUGCAUACAUCAGAAAGAAUUUUUUUUAAUACUCUUUAAAACACCUCCUUUUCGAUACAGCAGCUGCCACAGGGGGUCCAUCCUGUUAUCUCUGGUUAUAUUGACUUGUUGCUUAUGUGAAAAAAAAAGUGUUAUUAUAACUACUAUUUAUUCUCUUGCAUUCUUAUAUGUUUUAAAAAUAAAAAAUAUAUAUGUAUAUAGGUCAUUUA